CAGUAAAAUCAAGCAAUGUGAAUUGGUCAGCAAAAACAUAAGCACUUUAUCAACAAGCGUUAAUUAAUAACCAAGCUUGCUCAGCGUCCUCGCGGAGCCGCACAGGAGUAUAUCGCAUUAGGGGAGCAGGUGCAUACAAUUUAUCUGGUGUCCAACUGGUUUUGCAUCGGAAGUGAUGAACGGGAACUGUACUCUUGGGAUUGCUGAAGUGGUAUAAUUCCCAGCGUCCCUCAAUAUUUGCCAGCUGCAAACGAAUGUUGGAAUUUAUAUUCAACGACGUCUGGUCCCCAAGUUUACAGCCACCGCUGAAAAACCAUCUUUUCUGUCAUCUUUUACCGCUGUGAAUUUGUGGGCAGGAUACGCUGCAAUCAAGCCCAGGCAUCUCGAGGGAAGAAAAGCGAUUGGGGGGCGGGGGGGGGGGGCAGUGCUUCCGCGUUUAUAUAGUUUCAAGGCUUCCAUCCAAUAGAACGCGAGUUAUUCGGCGUUCCGGGGAUCUGGGCAACGAUCAACGCCGCCAUUUUAAUGGGUUUUAUUUCCUCCAGGCUAAAGGGCAACCAAAAGAGUCACGGUAAGGGCGGAAGUGCCUCCUCAUCCUGCCCCUUCUUGUUUGGUCGAUAGCUUUUGCGACUCGAGAGAUCGCGAGAAGAAAUCGAAAGGAAAGAAAGAACUCCGCUCCUUUCAAGCAGCGGUGUAUUGGGGCUAACUAAGGGAACCCGGGUGGGAAAGUAAGCAAGAACGGCUUCAGGGGCCGGCGAGGAUUAUCUUCCGCCUUGGAGGAGCGACGCUAUUGGUCUAGCCCUCCGCCACGUGAUGCGAAGGGCUCGAGUGUUGGAAACCGGAAGGCAGGGGCUUUCGGUCCCUUCAAGUGUGCUACGGAGCGCCUGGGGAUCCUCGGGUCAAGCUGAAGCCGGGGGCGCAGUCUCCCCCCAUCCUCCAGGAUGAGGUGGGCGCGCGCGGCCGUGGAGAGGCUGUGCCAGCGCGCGCGCCGGGUGGACGUUCUGCGCGAGACCUGCCGCCAGUACCCUUUGUUUUGCUGUAUCCUUUUGGGGUUCAGUGUGGCAACGCUCCUACUCAGCCGGUAUCGUCACAUCUUAAUGAUCUUCUGGUCUUUUGUGGCGGGAUUUGUAACAUUCUAUUGUUACUUAGGACCAGAUACCCUCUUACCAAAUAUUCUGUUUACAAUAAAACAAAAAUCCAAGCAAUUAAAAUUGCAAGAACAAUCUUCCCAGAAUGGCAGUUGUGCUAUAUGUGAAGAUAUCAAAUGUAAUAGACAUGGACCUGCAUCUCUAUUAGAAGAUUAUCAGCCAUGGCUGGGCCUGAAAGUUCCUUCUAAAGUUGAUACUUCCUUAUCAGAGAUGUUUGAACUAGUACUAGAAAAUUUUAUUUAUCCUUGGUACAGGGAGAUAACUGAUGAUGACUCACCUGUGGAUGAAUUAAGAGUAACAUUACGAUUUUUUGCAUCUGUGUUACUUCGCAGAAUUUACAAGGUGAAUAUUCCAACUGUUGUAACAAAAAAAAUGCUAAAGGCAGCAAUGAAGCAUAUAGAAGUAAUAGCUAAAGCUAGACAAAAAGUAAAAAAUACAGAAUAUUUACAGCAAGCAGCUUUAGAAGAAUAUGGACCAUCACUCCAUGUGGCUUUGAGAAGUAGAAGAGACGAACUCAAUUAUUUAAGAAAACUUACUGAACUUCUUUUUUCCUAUAUUCUGCUUCCAAAGGCAACAGAUUGCGGGACAUUCACCUUACUCAUAAGAGAAAUCCUAUCGGGUUCUGUUUUCCUUCCCUCUAUGGAUUACUUAGCUGAUCCGGAUACUGUGAAUCACUUGAUACUUAUCUUCAUUGACGAUAGUCCACCUGAAAUAGCAACUGAACCUGCUUCACCUUUGGUUCCUUUCUUGCAGAAAUUUGCAGAAUCUAGAAACAAAAAACCUUCUGCCUUGCACUUUGAACUGAAAGAAUUUGAAGGCAAGCAGGAUCUUUUCUUUCUAUUUAUGAGUUUUUUGAAGAAAGAAGGAACAGUACACGUUUUGCAAUUUUACCUGGAGUUAGAGCAAUUUAAUAAUAGAAUUUUGCAGGCAGAAUUGUCAGAUUCUGAGAAAAUGUCCCUCCAUGAAGAAGUCAAGAAAAUCUAUGAAACAUAUUGCUUAGAUGAAAGCGUUGACAAAAUUAAAUUUGAUCCUUUCAUUGUGGAAGAGAUACAAAGUAUUGCUGAAGGCCCCUAUGAGGAAGUUGUGAAGCUACAACAAAUGCGGUGUUUCUUUGAAGCCUAUGAACAAGUUUUCUCACUCUUAGAAAAUGUCUUCAUACCUAGAUUCUGCCACACGUAUGAGUAUUUCAAGCACCUCUUUCAAGAAGUUGAAUCCCCAACACGCAAUUCCAAGUCAAACAAAAGCAUGCAUAGAAGAGGUGAAUCGUCUGGAAUCAGAAGUAUAAGCAGCAAAAUCAAAGGAGUAUUCAAGAGCACUACAAUGGAAGGGGCUAUGUUGCCCGACUAUCUCCUUGCUGAAGGAGAGGAUGAUUUUAUUGAAGAAGGCAUUAUGGUAAUGGAAGAUGAUUCACCUGUGGAGGCACUUAGUAUGCCUAAUACACCUCGCAAUCUGGCUGCUUGGAAAAUUACCAUUCCUUAUGUUGACUUCUUUGAAGACCCAUCACUUGAAAAGAGAGAAAGGAGAGAGAGAAUUCCUGUAUUUUGCAUUGAUGUGGAAAGGAACGACAGACUGGCACUUGGGCAUAAACCUGAGCACUGGUCGGUCUAUAGAAGAUAUCUUGAAUUUUAUGUGCUUGAAUCAAAGCUAACAGAAUUUCAUGGUGCAUUCCCUGAUGCUCAGCUUCCCUCCAAGAGGAUUAUUGGACCAAAGAAUUACGAAUUCUUAAAAUCAAAGAGAGAAGAAUUUCAAGAAUACCUUCAGAAACUUUCACAACAUCCAGAGCUAAGCAACAGCCAACUUUUGGCUGACUUCUUAUCCCGUAAUGGUGGAGAGACACAGUUUCUUGAUAAAAUACUGCCUGAUGUAAAUUUAGGUAAAAUGAUAAAAUCUGUUCCUGGGAAAUUAAUAAAAGAGAAAGGCCAGCACUUGGAACCAUUCAUUAUCAAUUUUAUUACCUCCUGUGAGUCUCCGAAGCCUAAGCCAAGUAAACCAGAAAUUACUAUUCUCAGUCCUACUUCGGAAAACAACAAAAAGCUAUAUAACGAACUCUAUAAGAACAAUGCAAACCGUUCUGAGAAUUUAGAAAGAAGACAGAAUGAGAACUACUUCUUGCAGAUGAUGACGGUUGAAGGAGUUUAUGACUACUUAAUGUAUAUUGCUAGAGUUGUUUUCCAUAUUCCUGACUGGCUUCAUCACAUCUUGAUGGGUGGAAGGAUUCUCUUCAAAAAUACCUUAGAAAAAUAUAUCGACAACUACUUGCAGUACAAACUAGAACAGUUCUUUCAGGAACACCGUCUGGUCUCACUGAUAACACUCCUCAGAGAUGCUGUAUUUUGUGAGAAUUCUCAACCUCGCUCUCUCCAAGAUAAGCACAAACGGGCAAAGCAGACCUUUGAAGAAAUGAUGAAAUACAUUCCAGAUCUGAUAGGUAAAUGUAUUGGGGAAGAUGCAAAAUAUGAAGGCAUCAGACUUCUAUUUGAUGGAUUGCAGCAGCCAGUACUUAACAAACAGUUAACAUAUGUCUUACUGGAUAUUGGGAUUCAAGAACUAUUUCCAGAGUUGAAUGGUUGAAAAGAAUGGCUCCUUUAUCUUAUCAAGAUCACAUAUACAUCGAGAUACUGAAUUAACUCCGUUUCAUAGAUGACUGCUGUGUGCUAAUUUAAUGACUAGGUUAUUUGUUUAGUCUUGUAUAUUUGUUUGUACAUAUAAUUAACCUUUAUUUCAGAAAACAAACUUUUACUCAAAAAAGAUUGAUUAAAGCCUAUUGUUUAUUGAA